AUGACUGUUGCCAGUCCUGUCCUAGCAGGCUCCGUGACUGUUGCCACUCCACCCACAGUAGGCUUCCUGAAUGUUGCCACUCUACCCACAGCAAGCUCUAAGAGUGUUGUUACUCCACCCACAGCAGGUUUCAUGACUGUUUCAACUCCACCCACAGCAGGCUCCAUGACUGUUGCCACUCCUCCCACAGCAGGCUUCCUGAAUGUUGCCACUCCACCCACAGCAGCCUCCAUGACUGUUGCCACUCCUUCCAUAGCAGCCUCCAUGAUUGUUGCCACUCCUGUCCCAGCAGGCUCCAUGACAGUUGCCACUCCACCCUAUGACUGUUGCCACUCCUAUCCUAGCAGGCUCCGUGACUGUUGCCACUCCACCCACACAGGCUUCCUGAAUGUUGCCACUCCACCCACAGCAAGCUACAUGACUGUUGCUACUCCACCCACAGCGGCUUCAUGA